UGCGCGGCCGCUGCGCACGUGCGGAGGCGGCGGCAUGGAGCCUGCGGCGGCGCCCGAGGCGGAUACGCUGGUGGCGCGGGAAACGGGCGGCCGCCGCGCGGGGAGAAGCGCAAGUAGCAAUUGGUCUGGAAGUCUAAUUGUAGCAUCUUUAACUGGUGCUUUUGGAUCAUCUUUUCUUUAUGGAUACAAUCUCUCUGUGGUGAACGCACCUGCAGUGUAUAUCAAGAAGUUCUACAAUGAAACUUGGGAACGAAGAUAUGGCUUCUCAGUGGAUGAAAGCACCCUGACUCUCCUCUGGUCUGUAACUGUUUCCAUUUUUGCCAUUGGUGGCCUUGUGGGUGCUAUUAUUGUUACCCCGAUUGUGAAGUUCUUUGGACGGAAAUGUACGCUGUUGCUCAACAACGUCUUUGCAGUGACAGCUGCAAUACUGAUGUCACUCUCCCAGCUGGCAGGAUCAUUUGAAAUGCUCAUACUGGGCCGCAUUAUAAUGGGAGUUGAUGCAGGCAUUUCCUUGAGUGCCCUUCCCAUGUAUUUGAGUGAAAUAUCUCCUAAGGAAAUCCGUGGUUCACUGGGUCAGGUUACAGCAAUUUUCAUCUGUGUUGGUGUUUUCAUGGGGCAAGUCUUGGGUCUGCCAGAGAUAUUUGGGACAGAAUCUCGGUGGCCUUUUUUGUUUGCAGUGAUCGUUGUUCCUGCGUUGGUACAAAUUGUGAUUCUGCCUUUUCUUCCUGAAAGUCCUCGUUACCUCCUACUUGAAAAACAUAAUACCAGUAAGGCAGAAAAAGCAUUUCAGACCUUCCUUGGGAAAGAUGACGUGUCUCAAGAAGUCGAAGAAGUUCUGGCAGAGAGUCGAGUCCAAAGGAACACCAAAUUAGUGUCAGUGCUUCAGCUCCUUAGAACUCGUGCUGUACGGUGGCAAGUCAUCACUGUGAUAGUCACCAUGGGAUGCUACCAGCUUUGUGGGCUAAAUGCAAUCUGGUACUACACAAACAACAUCUUUAGUGAAGCUGGAAUCAACAGAGAAACAAUCCCAUAUGUUACUUUAAGCACUGGUGCUGUAGAGACCCUUGCUGCUGUUUCUUCUGGCUUAGUUAUUGAACGGCUCGGACGCAGGCCUCUUCUCAUUGGGGGUUUUGGGUUGAUGAUUGUCUUCUUUGCAGUUCUUACUGUGUCUCUCACUUUGCAGAAUAAUGUGUCUUGGCUUCCUUACCUCAGUAUAUUUUGCAUUCUUGCAAUUAUUGCAUCGUUCUGCAUUGGACCAGGUGGGAUCCCGUUUGUCCUCACAGGAGAGUUUUUCCAGCAGUCUCAGAGGCCGGCCGCAUUCAUGGUAGCUGGGACAGUCAACUGGCUCUCCAACUUUGCAGUCGGACUGCUCUUCCCUUUCAUUCAGAGCGGUUUACAGAACUACUGCUUCCUCGUGUUUGCUGCCAUCUGCUUUGCAGGAGCAACCUACCUGUUUUUUGUCCUCCCUGAAACUAAGAACAAGACAUUGAGUGAGAUCAGCCACGCAUUUGCCAAAAGAAAUAAAGUCUCCUUGGAAAUGCAAGAAAUGAACCAUUACCCAGAAGAGAGGAAAUCAAGUGCUGAGCAAGAAUCAAACUUCACUUCUUCAGUGGACAAUGGGGAAACAAAACAAGCAAUCAUGUAAAACAGGGAUGUUCUUUUGGGAUGGCUGGGGGAAAAAUGUGUUCUUUUCAUUGAGUAUGUUUAUAGCAAUUGUAUUUUUAAUGUGACAAUAUUAACUACUUCCUCCUCAAAUAUGUUUUAAAGUGAGUACAGGUGAACUUGUUAGCAGCCAGGGUGAUGUAGGGGAAGUUGGAGGCAGAGUAGCAGCAGUUGUUUAAAUAAAUAAGGGCCAGAGUUUUCUUGGACACCUGCAAAGUAAUGGAGUGGAGGGAUAUAGACCUGGGGAAGCAUACUGGCAGUGGGGAGCAGUAGUUGGCCAGGGGCUGUUGUGUGCUGAUGGUGAGGUGUGUGUGGGAAGGAGUGCCAGCAGGGAUAGGGUUGCUAGGAAUCAAUGUGAGCCAACCUGAAAUGGGACCAGCUUGCCUUGCUCCCAGACAGUAAGCCUAAACAUGAGAAGUGAGGAAAAAGAACACAGGUGACGCUCCUCCAACCUUCCAGUCCUUCUCCAGCUGUUUUGGCUUUUCUCUGCUUCUUAUGAAGACCUCCCAGCUUUUCAUAACUGGGGAGCUGCAGGACCUGAUUGGUUUCUUUAUCUGACCUGCAAAUCAUGAUCUAUCAUUUUCCUAUAGUUUCUGAGUUUGCUGGUACUGCAUUUCUGUGAGAUAGAUAUACAUAUUUUUAUAAGACUAUUUCUAGAAUUUUUAGUAUGAAAGGAAAUCUAACCCUCAUAUUGAAGGGAAAGAACUUUGAUAGUAGUUGUAGGGUGUAGCAUUGAAAAGAAAAUCAAAUACCAAGUUUCCCAAGGGUGUUUUUUGUUGUUAAUUUUUCUUUGGGGUUGGCUUUCUUUUUUUAUUCUCUGUUUGUGUAAAAUGAUAACCAAUUCCUCUCUUUCAAGUUCCUUUCAAAACAAAUCUUAGGAGCCAAAAUUUCCCUGAAACCAAAUAAACACCAUUUCUUAACACUCAAAAUUUCCAAAGGAACUUGGAAACCUAUUUCUUAUUUGGACAUAAAUUUAAUUUGGGCUUAAUUCUUAAGCUCUGGACCUUCUCCAUGUUUAUAAGUUUCUAAGCUAUUUAAUGCUGUUAAAACUGGCCUUAAGGUCUGCGUAAUGUCAUGAUAGCAAGACUCAGCAGGUUGCCAAGUGGUAGGCGAUCCAUUGCCUUUCAUUUAGGAUAUUUUUAAUGAACUUUUAUUUCCAGUUUGUAAUUGUGAUAAUGGUUUUUCUUGUUUCUUUGAGUAACUUGGAUGCUAACAGUGUAGAUAAGCACUUGAAUAGCUGUUGUUUCAUAUGAAAAGUCAGUAAGUCUUAGUGCUACUGUCAGUGAGGAGUAUGGCACAAGAAGCAAGUGCAGCAUUUAGCUAGAGCCAGCUGCUUCCAUAAGUUAUAUUUAUUAAUGUGUAAAUUCAUAAAUUUGGGAUUAAAAAAAAGUAUAUAUGUAUAUAUGUAUAUACUCAUAUAUAUACAAAAUAUAAAUGUGUAUAUGGCUAUACAUAUAUUCAUAUAUAGAGCGAGAAAUAAAUGGAGAAUUGCUUUCUAGUAUUUGUUCUGUUCAGACUUCCCUGACUAAUAAGCUGCUUAUUGUUUUGUUUCAUACUGUAAAUUAAGAUCAAAGAUCCGGAUAGCUAUUACUUCUAAAUGAUGUAUAGGGUAUACUGUGAUUUAUUUAUUUAUGGAAUAUUUGCUGCACACAUUGUAAGCAUAGAUUACCUAAUAGGGCAAUUUCACCACUGGCUAACAGAAGAAAAUUGUUCUGAGACUUUAUGCCUGGAUUUAUGCUAUUUUAUUGGGAUAGAGAUUCAGCAACAAGUAAGAUGAAAAAAAAAGAUACAUGUAAGGAAGAGAGUUAAGAAUGAAGAUUCAGAUUUAUGAUACUGGUGCUACUUUUAAGAAACUGAGUGAAUCAGGACUAUACCAACUGAUUAUGAGAUAUAGAAGCUAAUCAAAUACUACGGAGAAAAAUGAAGAAAGGUGUCUUCAAUAACCCCUUCUAAAGUUGUAUACCUAACAAAUGGAUAUGUCUUCUUUUGGUGGCUCUUGUUGCCUACCACAUGUUUCGUGAGGCUUUCUAAGUGGUGGCUAGGUAAAAAAUGAACUUGAAACCACCCCUGCAGACCAUUUCCAGGAGAAAUUCUUCUUCUACUGCCUGUAGAGCAAGACUGGCAAGUUCAGACCCUCUCAUUCAGGUUGAAAAUCACUUUGCAAUUAGGGCUACUGACAUGAAAUGCUGUGAUCUUACUGAGAUGAGGUGGCUGGACUAGAAUCCAUUAUUAUUAUUAUUAAAAUUAGAAAAAUGUAGCACACAGUGCUAUUCAUUGAUGUGCAUUACAGCAACAUUAUCAACAAAUAAUGCCUAUCAGAUAACUUCAAUAAAAUAUCAUGUUGGCCUGAUAAAGCAGUUCAGUUGGACUUCUGCAACAGGAUAAAAUUAUCUUACAGUUGUUUAAAGUUGCAUCUGGAGCCCAGCUAUAAGCAUGUUGAUAAAAGGACGUCCAAUAGAAUUUCAUAUCGCAGCUUGGGGGAUUGUGCAUUAUUAACAAUAGGGGUUGUGUCCCCCUUGCCAAUCUCUCGCCAUAGCCCAGAUACACACACUCCAUAUACACACUUUCUGCAGACAGUGACUACAGACAAGGAUAGCAGUUGCCUCUCCUCUGCCCUUCGCUCCAGCCCAUGGCUCAGUUGCAAAUAGUUCCAUCGUCGAGAUGUGCAGUGGUGCAGAUGUGCAGAUGCUCUGCUUGCUGGCUAAGGAAGUGGCUGCUGUCACCUCUGCCUGGGGCUGUGGAAGUUUCUGAGGAAGCUGCAGAUGUGUAGGUACUGUGUAACUUCUCAUCUCUGAUCCUGAAGAGAGUUUUGUGUUGUAAAAUUUGUUUGGUAAUUUUUAUUUCCAACGUUAUGCUGCUAUCGCUUCUCCAACAGCAAGAGGACAACACAGAAAAUAUCACCACUGUGUUGUUUGGUUUUCUUGUUGAUUGUGUCAAACUGUCUGCAGCCCUGUGUUUGUCAGUGGUGCUGUGUGGGGCCAGAUUCAGUUCUCCAGUUUCAGGGAGAUACCAUUACUUGGUUUUUCUUUGUACAAGCAUUGCUGGUGGGUUAUGUGUGCUUGAUCAGCCAUGUCCACGCACAAAGACUGCAAAAUAAAUCUUUGGAAUUAAAUACGUGAUGGAAGUUUUCUUCUGGCUAAAUUUGA